AGCCCAAAUAAGGCCUGUAAAUGAAGCCCUAAUACUAGGAUUCCCAUUAAUCCCAAGAACCUGAAACCUCGAAGUUCUACAGCAAAUCGUCUCGAAUCGCAAAGAUGAAUUCAAUGGUGGCAUUGGGGAAGAAAUUCACUAGAAAUAUUCAAGACAACAAACGCAGACUAUUAUCAGCAAAGUAUGAAUUAAGGCGAAAGUUGUAUAAAGCGUUUACUCAAGAUCCUGAACUCCCACCUGAAAUGCGAGAAGCUCAUCGUUACAAGCUUUCGAAAUUGCCAAGAAACAGUUCAUUUACACGAAUCAGAAAUCGGUGUAUAUUUACAGGUCGGCCACGUGCUGUUUAUGAGAAGUUUAGAAUGUCUAGGAUUGUGUUCCGUGGUUUGGCUGCUCGUGGUGCUUUGCAAGGUGUUAAGAAAGCUUCUUGGUAGACUACACCCCCCAGGAUUUCUUCUUUUCAAGAAUUAAGAGUCUACCAGAUCACUACUACUGGAUCUCAUAUACUACAGCCAAGUAGAUUACAGUGGGACAAAUUUUCUAUUUCAGAAGUUUUCACAGCUUCUUCGAAUAAAUUGUCAUGUUACAAUCACUAACUCGUCCCAUAUCAAAGGGUUUGGCUAUGCCUGUAUACUUUUUUCAUCUUUGUCUCAAGAUUUCUGGAAGUUCUUAAUCUGCUUGGUAGAACCUUACUAAGGCAUUUCAUCUUGAAACUUUUGACUUUAUGAGAAGAUCUGAAUUAUUAGUUUGUA